AUGCCACCAAAGAAAAAACUAACGUCGUCGAGAACCACAACGACGAGGACGACGGCACGAAAUGGCCUAAAAGCUUCAUCUAAACUGAAAGGCACUACCGCGAUAAAUGAUACCAAUGACCUCUCGAUUCUUUCGAACUCUUCGACAAUUAGGAAACACACCUCAAAGAUUUCAUCGUUAUUGAGCAGGUCUCGAAGAUCGAACGUAUCGAGUUUCAUGUCAUCGCAAUCAGUCGAUGAUUUGGAAAAUGACGAUGGGUUUCUUUUCAAGCGUGCGGGCAAGCCUCUUUUAAACAAAUCUAAUCUUUUGGGAAGUAUUGCAGAGCCCGGAGAGUCAGACACCGAUGAUGAUGAUGAUGAUUAUGAUAAUAAUAAUAAUAAUAAUAAUGACAAUAAAAAAUCAUUUCUAGUACCGGUGAAAUCUCUUCCUAAAAAGAAACGAAGAAGCUCUUCAAUAGUAUUGGAAAAUCAACCAAAACAGCGAAAGAAGAUGAGAAACAAUAAUAAUAAUUCAAUAAUUGCCCCUAGAACCUCACCGAGAAAACCACAUCCAUCGGCAAAAAUUCUAAAAGCGGUGAAAACGAAAAGCAAGCUAUUGGAUAUAGAGUCUGAAUCUGAUAGAAAUGAUGAAUUUGAUUUAGAAGAUACUGUGGAAUCUAUGACAGAAAUGACCCGGACAAUUUUGAAAGGAAAGAAGCGGACUUCAUUGAGACCAAAGGCCAAAUCUCAGCCCACCAAAACUGAGUUAUUGAUAUCCAUACCAGAAAAUAAAGCAGACUCGCCGCCUGUAGUGUCACCAAAAUCUUCAAAAGCAAAAACUGCCAAAAAACAAGUGACAAAGGAAAAAAAGUCUACUAAAACAAAGAAUGAAUCGCAGAAAAAGCAACCGGCGGGGGCCAUCAAAAGCAAGACAACAACAACAAUAAUAAUACCAAAAAAUAAAAUCAACAACAAAGAAUUGAAGAAAUCUGAAACUAUAUCAAAUGUACCAACGGAUUUAGAACUCACCGCCAAAACUAAUUUAAGCCAACCAUCAACUAAGGUGUACGGAUCACCAGGCAAGAAGCAACCGUUACAAAUAUCUGAAUCCCCAGUCCAUCGUCGUAAUAAGGAAUUGCGAGCAAAGUCAAAUAGACGUUCUUCGUUGGGUAACCGAGGUAAACGUACUUCAUCUAUCGGCAAUGGAUUUGAAGUGUCUCCCCAUGAUGAUGUUUUGCCAUCCAAUUUCUACAAGCAUUUAGAUCAGGAUCUUCCAGAACCUCAUAGAAUGAGACAACUAUUGACUUGGUGUUUCAAAAGACAGUUUGAGAUUGAUAAAAGUAAGUCCAAACAACAAAAGGCUAAGAAACUUAGCAAUGAAGAUUUGAUUGCAGAAAAUAUUGCUAAAGUGAUCAAAGAAGAAAUCAUUCGUGAUUUGGUGGAGGGUAAAGUGAAAACAAGUUGGUGGAAUAGGGACGAGGACGAUGAUGAAGAAGGGCCUGAUGACAACACGAAGAUCAAGAAAAAGGUGAAAAUUGUUCCAAAUAAACAGAAUGUCGAAAAUUUGAAAACUUUGAAGACUUUUGAUGCUAGAAUAGCCAAAUUGAAAAAAGAAAACGAGCAAUGGGAUAAGAUUGCUGCUGAUUAUGAAACAUUCCAACCAGGAGAUGAGAUUAAAUUGGAUGAGAAUGAUGAUGAAAAAAAAGAAUUUUUGAAAAAGAAAAUUGACGAGCUACGAAGUUCGACAAAAGAGAGAAAUGAGGCUGAAGAAAUGGAGAGAUUGUAUUCUUCGAUUAUGGAUGAUAAAAAUUUGGAUGAAAUGUAUGAUAAGGUUUCAUUAAUAACCGACGAAGUACAGGCUAGUUAUGAAAGUUCAUUGAACAACUUUAGUACCUUCGUUGAUAAGCUAAACUUCAAUGAUUCGAUUAUUAAAAGUUUUGAACAUAAUAAAAAGAAGCACAUUUCCAAUAUCAUAAGGAAAUAUAUCAAAACAACUUCAAUUGAGGAUGCUGACAAGGAAGAAGAUGAUGAAGAAUACCAAUUUGAUGAUAUAGAACUUUUGAAGGGUAUAACCAGGAUUGAUAAAGCAUGA